GUUUGACAUUUGUCCAAAUCAGGAGUUUGUCUCAGUCUCUCUGUUUUUCUUAGAAACAAGCCAUGUCGUCAAGCUAUGUUACCGAGUUUGCCGUGGAGAUGACGUGCGGGGCGUGCGAGAAGGCCGUCAACGAAGCCAUGCAGCAGCUCAAGCAGACAUCACCGCCGGGCGCAGUGGGCAGCGUCCAAGUCGACCUCGCAGAGCAGCGCGUCGUCGUCGAGUCGUCGCUGCCAUCCAGCACCCUGCUCCAAGCCAUCGAGAGCACGGGUCGCAAGACUGUCCUGCGCGGGCAGGGCGACAGCUUUGGUCGAAACCUGGGGUCGGCUGUGAGCAUCCUCGAACGCGACGGCACACAAGACGUCAUCGGUGUCGUGCGGUUUGUCCAAAUCUCCGAGAAUGAGUGUGUGAUUGAAGGCACGCUCGACGGGCUAUCCAAGGGCGAGCAUGGCUUGCAUAUUCACGAGUACGGAGAUUUGUCCCAAGGCUGGAAGUCGGCUGGUGGUAUUUACAAUCCGAAACAAAUGCCGCACGGUCCGCCCAGCAAGGACGGCGGCGCGAGACGCAAACCUGGGGCGAUCGGCAAUGUGGCCAGCGACGCGCAAGGGCGCGCGACGUUCACCCUUUCGGCCAGCCAACUCAAUGUUUGGGACAUUAUUGGGCAUGCGCUGGUGGUGCACGAGCGGCCGGAUGAUUUUGGUCUUGGCAACGCACCGAGGUCGUCGGAGAACGGAAACGUUGGCGCGGGUGUCGGGGCCGGCAUCAUUGCUCGGUCUGCCGGAUUGCUAGGGAAUGCAAAGCGUGUCUGUGCAUGUGACGGCAAGACGCUGUGGAGUGACAGCAAUCCCGGUGCUUUGCUGCCGAACAAGAGGGUCCACAUUGACAACAAUUCGCCACCACCAGUUGCGCGCUCAGUCAGCGAAGGCAAACCCGCAAUUGAGCGAGCGAUGGACGUCACGCAUCCCUUCAUCCUGAGCAGUAUAUGAACGAUCGUGGCUGCUCCGUGUCAUCUACGACUGUACAGUAGCUUGCGUCAAUUAAAAAAAAAAAGAUUACAAACAACGAGAUUAUCAUUAAAAAUCCACAGACAAAAAC